AUGUAUAACCGCGCACUCCUGACAGAGAGCACUUGUUUUCCCGUCUCUGCGGCGGACUUCGUACACAAAUGGCAACAUCGACCCAGGGUCCCCAGCCUGGGCUCCAACCGACAAGCCUAUCCUCGUCCUGGACGUUACGCCGUGAGGGAAGAGAUGGAAACGAGUUCGUCCAAGCGAGACGAGAUGGUGGUUGGUGGACGUGCUCGUGGCUUGUGGACUGGAGACAACAGGGGAGGAGAGGGGAACUGGGAUCUGGGGGAAGCGCGAGAACAGGGGACUCUUGGCCCACCAUCCCCAGAUGCCUCGUUAUGCCUGCCGUCGUCGUGUCGACCCUUGUCCCGGAAGCACCAGACCCAGACCGUUGGCGAUGAACGACAAAAGACGACAAAGGACGACAAGGCUACCGUUGUAGGUCAAGCACAAGGCGCCUUUAGGAAAAACCAACUGGAAAAGGCGCAUGCCCGGUGA